ACUGCAGGGCUGUUUACAAAAUCCUUAUGCCCACAUGUACACACACUGAGUUCUUGAACUCACUCGCUCACUGAGUAGACACUCACAUGAUGGAAGGCACAGCUGCAGCAAUGGCAGACGCAGAUAUGGAUGAACUGCUGGAGCGAUCUGGAGCAGCUGAGGAUGCAGAAGCUCAGCUGAGAGAACUGUACCAUAAUAGUCCUCUCUUAGUACCUGAAGCAGACUUCAUAGUAGAUGAGCACAACUCAGCACACAGUAACAUGGAUGUGACAGACAGGCUCAUGUACCUGGAGCAGCGCCUCCAGAUGCAGGAGGAUGAGGUGCAGCUGCUGAAGAUAGCUCUGGCUGAUGUCCUCAAGAGACUCAACAUUUCAGAGGCACAAACUGUUGCUCUCACCAAAAGAGGAUCUGUUAACGCAUCAAGGCCUGCAUCCUUGCCCCUGCCACUGAGAACAACCAGCAGUGCAGCCAACCCCCUGAAAAAGAUCACCAGCUCCACACUGCCCUCUUCUACAUCUUCAAAGAAUUACAGCCCUUUGCCAGUCAGCAAAAAAAGUCCAGCAAGCAGUACAAAAAGCAGUUUAGGUCUUCCUGCAAGCCGACGUGCUAUUCUGUCAACAGGCACCACCACAACCCCCUGUAAGAAACUUCAAGAGAGCAAAUCAAAAGAAACCGUCACAAGUGUUUUAGGAACACGGCGUGUGACUCACUGCAAAGUGACUAUGCAGAUCUAUCUGAGCCACCCAGCAAAAAGGACUGGGCAAACUGAGAAUGCAGUUGUUACAGCUGUGCAACCGAGUGUGUGCCCAUCUGAGAAUGGACUACAUCCAGAUAAAGCGGCCUCGAACAAAAGGAAAAUAGGAGCUGGGAGGAAGCCUCCCUGCACACUUCCCCUGCACAGGAGCAGAUGUCAGAGCCCCUUUUCCCCUGCUGACACCCCUAUCUAUAAGAGUCCCAUCAAGUCCCCUAGCCAGUAUUUUCAGAUAUGUUACUAAACACACAGUGGUAGUAGAACCUUGACAAGUUAGAGUGUAAAAGCUGUUCAUUUGUAACAGCUGUAAGUGACAUGUUAAUUCUUAAAAAUUAUUGCUAUUUCUCAAAUGGGUGACAUUUUGCUGUUAAUUUAUUUGGCUUUGUAAUGUGUAUAUUGUGACUUUAUGUGACCUGAUUUGUCAGUGACAUAAGUAAAGUUAUAAGU